AUGCUCAAGGCUCCUCGGUUUCACAAUUUUUCACUCGGAAGCUUGCACCGUCCAUUUAUACUUCCACUACUAAAAAACCCUUCAACCUUUUGGAGAUCACAGUAUAGACCACUACACACAGAAAAAGAUAUCUCUGAAGCCAAAAAAUGGCUAGAAUCUUACCAACCAUCAGAUAUUCCAGCGACUCUCUUCGAGAUAUCCUACAGUAGGGCAUCAGGUGCUGGUGGCCAAAAAGUCAACAAGACUUCUUCAAAGGCUACUGUUUCGCUCUCUCCCGACAGAUGGCUCAAUCCUCAAUUCUGUUACUGGAUUCCAAGUGCAAUAAGGUCACAAUUGGUGGAUAACAAAUUACGCUACGAAACCAAAUCUGGUGGACUUUUGAUCCAAAGCGAUGCUACUAGAAACAGAGAUACAAAUACCGCCGAAUGCUUUAGAAAACUACUCGAGGAAAUCAAACAGCGGACAUUCUUUCCUGGAGAAGUGAGUGAAGAGGAUAAGAAAAAGUGGGAGGAAAUCAAGGAAGACAAGAAGGAAAAACGACUUUUUCACAAAAAACGUCAAAGCGAUAAAAAGAAGAGCAGGUCCAAGAAAUUUGAUAUAUGA